GUCUCUCUGUGUCUCUCUGUCUCUGUGUGUGUCCGUAGCCGUGCUACACGGAGCUCCGGUCUCCGUGUUGUGCUCCCAGGUCGAUGACCUCGUCGCUGAGGAGCAAAGGAAAGUCCUGUGGAUCCCAGCGUCAUCCUCCUGAGUUUACACUACACUACAAUAUACACUACACUACAUUAUACACUAUACACUAUACACACUACACUAUUAUACACUACACUACAUUAUACACUACACUACUAUACACUACACUAUACACACUACACUACACACACUACAUUAUACACUACAUUAUACACUACACUAUAUUAUACACUACACUACAAUACACUACACUAUACACUAUACACACUACACUAUUAUACACUACACUAUACACUACACUAUACACUAUACACUACACUACUAUACACUACACUAUACACACUACACUACACUAUACACUACACUACUAUACACUACACUAUACACUACAAUAUACACUACACUACAUUAUACACUACACUACUAUACACUACACUAUACACACUACACUACACACACUACAUUAUACACUACACUAUACACUACACUACAUUAUACACUACUAUACUAUACACUAUACACACUACACUAUUAUACACUACACUAUACACUACACUACAUUAUACACUACAUUAUACACUACAUUAUACACUACAUUAUACACUACACUAUACACACUACACUACACACACUACACUACACUAUACACUACACACACUACACACUACACUACAUUAUACACUACACUACUAUACACUACACUAUACACACUACACUACACACACUACAUUAUACACUACACUAUACACUACACUAUACUAUACACUACACUACACACACUACACACACUACAUUAUACACUAUACUAUACACUACACUAUACACUACACUAUAUACACUACACUACAUUAUACACUACACUACUAUACACUACACUAUACACACUACACUACACACACUACAUUAUACACUACACUAUACACUACACUAUACUAUACACUACACUACACACACUACACACACUACAUUAUACACUAUACUAUACACUACACUAUACACUACACUAUAUACACUACACUACAUUAUACACUAUACUACUAUACACUACACUAUACACACUACACACUACACUAUACACUACACUAUACACUACACUACAUUAUACACUGCACUACUAUACACUACACUAUACACUACACUACAUUAUACACUACACUACAUUAUACACUACACUACAAUACACUAUACACACUACACUAUUAUACACUACACUAUACACUACACUAUACACUACACUAUAUACACUACACUACAUUAUACACUAUACUACUAUACACUACACUACACACACUACACUAUACACUACCCUACACUAUACACUACACUAUACACUACACUAUACACUACACUAUACACUACACACUACACUACAUUAUACACUACACUAUACACUACACUACAUUAUACACUACACACACUACACACACUAUACACUACACUAUACACUACAUUAUACACUACAUUAUACACUACAUUAUACACUACACUAUACACUACACUACAUUAUACACUAUACUACUAUACACUACACUACUUUACACUACACUAUAUUAUACACUACACUAUACACUACACUAUACACUACAUUAUACACUACACUAUACACUACACUACACUAUACACUACACUAUACACUACACUAUACACUACACUAUACACUACAUUAUACACUACAUUAUACACUACACUACACUAUACACUACACUAUACACUACACUAUACACUACACACACUACACACUACACUACAUUAUACACUACACACUACACUACACACACUACACUACACACACUACACUACACUAUACACUACACACACUACACUACAUUAUACACUACACUAUACACUACACACACUACACUACAUUAUACACUACACACUACACUGCAUUAUACACUACACUAUACACUACACACACUACACACUACACACACUACACUACAUUAUACACUACACACACUACACUACACUAUACACUACACACACUACACACUACACUACACACACUACACUACACACUACACUAUACACUACACACUACACUACACACUACACUAUACACACUACACUACACACACACUACACACACUACACUACAUUAUACACUACACACACUACACUACACACUACACACACUACACUACACACACUACACUAUACACUACACUACACUACACACUACACACUACACUACACUACACACACUACACUACAUCAUACACUACACACACUACACUACACACACUACACACUACACUACACACUACACUAUACACUACACUAUACACUACACUACACACUACACUACACACACUACACACUACACACACUACACUACACACUAUACACUACACUACACACUACACACACUACACACACUACACUACACACACACUACACUAUACACACUACAGCCAGCACCGUUCAGUGCUACGACUGGGCUACAGGCGGCACUGUGGUGUCUGGGGACUACAGCCUACCCAGACUACAGCCUGGAUUACUACUACAGUCAGCCACAGGCUGUGGCUACUACUACAGCCUGGAUUACAACUCCAAUCAACAACACAGACUGUGUAAACACUACUACAGCUGACUACCACAGACAGCCACACAGCUUGUGAACAUUACCACAGCCUGGAUUACUACAGCCAGCACCACAGCCUGUAACUCUACUACAGCCUGGGAUGACAGUCAGCACCGCAGGCUGUGAACGCUACUACAGCUGACUACUACAGACAGCCACACAGACUGUGGAUGCUACUACAGCCUGGGAUGACAGUCAGCACCGCAGGCUGUAUUCGCCACUACAGCUUGGAUUACUACAGCCAGCCCACACAGCCUGUGAACGCUACUACAGCUGACUACUACAGUCAGCCACACAGCCUGUAUUCGCUACUACUACAGCUUGGAUUACUACAGUCAGCCACAGCCUGUGAACGCUACUACAGCCUGGAUUACGACUACAGUCAACAACACAGCCUGUAAACACGACUACAGCUGACUACUACAGCCAGCCACACAGCCUGUAUUCGCUACUACAGCUGACUACUACAGCUUGGAUUACUACAGUCAGCCACACAGACUGUGAAUACCACACAGCCUGUAUUCUCUACUACAGCCUGGAUUACUACUACAGCCAGCCACACAGCCUGUAUUCGCUACUACUACAGCUUGGAUUACUACAGUCAGCCACAGCCUGUGAACACCACACAGCCUGUAUUCUCUACUACAGCCUGGAUUACUACUACAGUCAGCCACACAGCCUGUAAACUCUACUACAGCUUGGAUUACUACAGCCAGCAACACAGCCUGUAUUCGCUACUACAGCCUGGAUUACUACAGUCAGCCACACAGCCUGUAUUCGCUACUACUACAGCUGACUACUACAGCUUGGAUUACUACAGUCAGCCACACAGCCUUGAACACCACACAGCCUGUCACUACUACUACAGCUUGGAUUACUACUACAGCCAGCCACACAGCCUGUAUUCGCCACUACAGCCUGGAUUACUACUACAGCCAGCAACAGCCUGUAUUCUCUACUACAGCCUGGAUUACUACUACAGCCAGCCACACAGCCUGUCACUACUACUACAGCCUGGAUUACUACAGCCAGCCACAGACUGAACACCACUACAGCCUGGAUUACUACUACAGCCAGCAACAGCCUGUAAACUCUACUACAGCCUUGGAUGACAAUCAACAACACAGACUGUGAACAUUACUACAGCCUGGAUUACUACAGCCAUACACGCAACCUGUGUAGACACUACUACAGCUGACUACUACAGCCAGCACCACACAGCCUGUAUUCGCUAGUACAGCCUGGAUUACAACUCCAAUCAACAACACAGUCUGUGUAACCACUACUACAGCUUGGAUUACUACAGUCAACAAGACAGCCUAUAAACACGACUACAGCCUGGAUUACUACGACGGCUGUGAACUCGUGUUGUUGUUGCUGCUGCUGCAGCUGCAGCUACCUGGAUGAUGAUGCUAAACAGGCCCCGACGACUACAGGCCAAGCUCCAAGUGCGCGGUGUGUGUGUGUGUGUGCGCGAGGAAAGACCACGACAGGCGAGGGACUACAGCGUGAGCUACAGCCGGGAACUACAGACUACAGAAUCAACUACGGGCUGACUGCUAUCGCUACAGAAUAAACUACAAGCUGACUGCUAUCGGUUGAGCUACAGAAUAAACUACAGGCUGACUACUAUCGGCUAAAGCUACAGAAUAGACUGAAACUACAGGCAAACAAGGAUCUACUGAAGCUACAGAAUAGACUGAAAUUACAGGCAGACAUCAACGAUCGGCUGAGCGACAGACUAAACUACAGGCUGACUACUAUCGGCUAAAGCUACAGAAUAGACUGAAACUACAGGCAAACAAGGAUCUACUGAAGCUACAGAAUAAACUGAAACUACAGGCAGACAUCAACGAUCGGCCGAGCUACAGACUAAACGACAGGCUGACUACUAUCGGCUAAAGCUACAGAAUAGACUGAAACUACAGGCAAACAAGGAUCUGCUGAAGCUACAGAAUAAACUGAAACUACAGGCAGACAUCAACGAUCGGCUGAGCGACAGAAUAAACUACAGGCUGACUGCUAUCGGCUGAGCAU